UUAACGUUCAACAUCAUUCACAACCAUCCAACAAAUAUGGCCCCGAAGAUCACCCUCUACACUAACCGUCUCUGCCCCUGGGCUCACCGGGCACACAUUGCCCUCAUUGAGCUGGGCCUUGACUACGAGGAAGUGACUAUCGACCUGGAUACCCCGCGGGAGCCAUGGUAUCUGGAGAUCAACCCCCGCGGUCUUGUCCCCGCCCUCUCUUACGACGGCACUAUCAUCCUCGAGUCGGCCAUCAUCGCCCAAUUCCUGGUGGACGCCUACCCCUCGCACCUACUCCCCCCGUCCAACACCCCCGAGGGCGCCCUGCAGCGCGCCCGCUCGACCUUCUUCGUCGACACCUGGGCCACCAAGAUCUCGCCGCUGUACCACGCCACCCUGCGUGCCACCGAUGCCGACCGCCGCGCCGCGAGCGAUGCCUUCGUCGCGGCCGUGAAGAAGGAACUCGAGCCGCUCAUCUACCCCGCCAACAACAAACAGGGCCUGUACUUCGAGGGCAGCGAGAAACUCACUUUCGUGGAAGUGCUGCUUGGCUCGUUCCUGCUGCGCCUGUUCUCGCUGUCCAAGCCCGAGUACGGACUCUACCCCGCGGAUCUGGUGCAGACGCUGGAGAAGGAGACGCCCGCGUUCAAGCGGUGGGCGGAGGCAACCAUCGCGCACCCCAGUGUUAAGGCGAUCUAUGAUGAGGAGCGGGUGGGCACGCGCACGGUGAAGCGCUAUGGACAGAAAUAGACGUCGUGAAAAGUUAGAGUGUACAUACAGACAGACAGACCACCCCAGAUAAUUGCAGGGCAGGCAAGCUUCGGCAGAACCGGAAAAUGAGGCGGGUCAUGUAACCCUAUCUCUGGCCGUUGCCCUGCCACCCCAUG